UUUAAAAUGGCGUACCAAAGUUUGGUGAGCUAGUGCAUACAAAAUUAUAAAUGGAAUACAUGUUUAAAAUGAGCUUCUCGAAGAAAAAACUGUGCAAAUAGUUUGCCGGUUACAUGAACUAUACAAGAAUACGCAUUUUCAGCAUUAGUGACUUAAUCAAAUAUCCGAUUUCGAGUGGUUUUUGCUUAUGAAUAGACCUUGUCCACAUCUUAUGUAGCCAUAUUUAUGAAAUUUAUAUUAAAAAUAUUCCCGUUUCCUGCAAUUUCAAAUGAGAAAUGGGAUGGCUAUGCGACAUGAUUUAAACACCUCGAAUCAUGGAUCCAGUAGGGCCAUGGUACGCCGCCCCCUAUAACCGUCUUGCCAGCGUGCAAGCGGGAACAGGCAGCGGCGAAUUACACCACCAUUUAGCUACGACGACAGCCGGCGGAGCCCCGCCCACCACCACAGCCCAACUCCUGCCCGGCGGCUUCCUCUCCCCACCCCCCGUCGGCUACGAAUCAGUAUUCCCCCUAUUCCACCAUGCAGCCGCCGGCGCGAAACCCGCCGCGGCCGCUCAUUACGUUUCCCAAGUCACCCAGCAGAGGGCGCAAGCGCUCGCUCAAGCCGCCGCCAAUAAACAGGCGCAGGAAGGCGAUUUCCAUCCCCAAACCCAAGCUUUUUUCGAGCAAGGCAACGCCUGGCAGCAGAGCAGCCCGUUCGGGAUAUUACCGCACGAGAGCGUCGUAGCGACGACUACGAGUAAGACCUACGAAAAUUUCAACGCUCACUUCGCGGCAGCCCAAAGCAUUAAUAAUCAUUUGAAUUCUCAACUUGCCAAAUCGGGUACUAACAGGGCUCAAAGUCCGCAGGUGUCUUCUGCGUCCACCAAAACAAAUGCAUCACAAGGCAAUUCGAGUAGCUUUUUCCAAGUACCAUCCAGCGUGUCCGAUAAUACCUCAAACACCAACAAGGCUUUCUCGUCGGCCAACACCUCGAACAUCCAACAAUCCUGUAUCGUAUCGUCGCCUCCGACGACCGUUUCGAAGGAAUACAGGGUGCCGCAACCGCCUUCUCGUACUACUUUCCUACCGUCUCCGAAUGCUUCCCGUACUACCAUCGAAAAGGCCUUCGCUUCGCCGCCCAGCAAGCAACAGGCGUCUCCGGUCCAACAGCAGAUCCAGACCAAGGCGCAAACUAAGAUAUACUCGGAGCUGGGCAGCCAGCAGGAGCGCCAACAACGCGCCGCCAACGAGGAGAACCAGAGCCAAUCGUCGCCUAUUAGUUUUUCGAUUAUGGACGCUCCGGGAAGGUUGAAUUACGCCGGUAGUAAUUCUUCUGGCAAGAGGCCGCCGCAAUUCCAGCAUAAUUAUCGACAUUAUCCGCAGCAGCAGGGCGGGGCUAACGCUGCUGAGGAAUUCCAGAGGCCGAAGAGUGGGUCGGAUUAUAACAAUUCGAAUGGGCCGGAUUGUAAUGUCGUCGUACCGCGACGACCUAGUCCACUUCAAGCACAUUCCCAGGCGUCUCCGUUAGGUCAUGCACAAAGCCCGGCCUAUCCGAUGUACAACAGCCCCAUGAAUUCUAUAUCGUCGCCGCAGCAAAGUUCCAGUAAUCAAGUAGCUCCGCCGUCUCCUCUGGACGUCUCGGUACCGCGACCGAGUUCGCAAACCGGCAACGUCGCCUAUCCGUCUGUCAUAACGCGCGCGUUGAAUCACGAAAAGAAUUUCCCGGAACGCUACGAACGGCCCAAUCACAGCAAUCAGCAGAAUCAAAAUUGUUGGGACGAAAGACAGCAAGCCCAGCGUAAAUUUCCUCCCAACCAAUCGGGUUCGCAAUCCAGCACCAAUUACGCGUCGAAUAACAAUUUAGAGAUGACCAGGACGGAACCGAAUCAACAGAGGAUCGUCAUCGAACGACAAAACACCUAUUUCGAUUCCAAUAGCGGCCACCAGGUCACUUUGCAGGACCUGUCCAGUUGCAGGGGCGAUCCGAUGAGCAUCGUCAAGAAUCUGCAACAGCAGCAGCAACAAAGUUGCGCCGUACCGCAAGAGAUUAAGACGGAGGCCAAGCCGCCGAUUAAGAGGAGGAAGAGCAGCGAUAAACCGCCGCCGCCGCCCGAGAUGCACAAUCUGCCAAGUCGAAUUCCACCACCGGCUCACAGUUCCGGCGCCAACCAACCGCAACAAAACGGCGCCUACUUCGACUUCGACAGAUGGAAUCUCCCGCCGCCGACUUCCAAAAUAUUCACGUCGCAACCGUUACACCAACAACACCAAGGAUUGAUGGUGCCGCAUCCGCACGGCCAUCAUCCCCCGCCUCCUCUGCCGUAUUUCGCUCCCUUCCACAUACCCCCUCAUCCCGAAUACCCCUCGUCCGUCGAACUCACUCCGCUCACCAAUUACAGCGAACAAUCACCGCAAGCUUCCAAUCAGUACCAGCCUCAACAGCCCGAGGAACAUCCCAAGGUCGUCGUGCCGAAUAUCGAGGAGGAACUUAAUUUUCUUUCUCAAGAUGCGACUAGAUCUUCGGUGCCGAAUAACCAACACCACGGCGGUCCUCAGCAUCAGAAAUCAUUGAAUUCCGGCGCUAAUAAACCCCCCGAAAAACCCACCGGCGCCGGCUCGGGCUUCAUGAGUAGCUACUUAAAGUUUCUCCAAGGAGAACGGGACACGUCACCACCGCCGGCGAUGCGCGGCGGCGGUAACAGAAAACAAUCGACUUGGCCUCGCGCUCCCAUGAAAGGCAUCGACGAUAAAUCGCCGGAUAGCAACGGAGUACCGACUCCGACUAACCCUCAACAACCGAUGCCUUCGUCGGCUUCUAUUCCCCCGCUACCGACCACCCUCCCGCGACUGUCCACCCAGGGGGACCCCCAAGACGAUCCCAGGUACUUCCCUUUACCCAAAGAACGCAAGCGCAACAGCUUCGACAGCUCCGAUGACGGUUUCAGCUCGGACGACGAUUUUUUCGGACACAAGAAGAAACACCAGGCGGCCGCCGCCGCUGCGGCGGCGGGACAAGAUAACAAAGAAGUCAAAGAUAAAGACGACAAGGGCAAGGAGAAGGACAGGGAGAAAAAGAAGGAUAAAAUAAAAGCUGACAAACCGGAUAAACCGAAAAAACCGAAGGGCGACAAACCACCGAAGCCCGAAAAAGAAAAAAAGCAUAAAGAGAAGAAAGACAAGAAAAAGGAUAAGGACAACAUAGACGAUUUACCUAAGAGGGAAUCCACGAAGAGGGCGGCGAAGAAAAAGGGAAAUUUAUCGGAUAUGGGAAAGGACGAUGAACCUGAGGAACCGCCGGAGUUUCAAGAUUCGGAUUCCGAUCCCGCUUGGACGCCGGCGGCCAAUACCGAUCCCGAAGACGUCAAUUUACCUCUAAAAUCGAAACGGAGAGGCAGACCAUUGGGCAGUAAAUCGAAGAAGGGACUCAAAAAUCUGAUUUCGGCCGCCGCUCAAGGUGCCGGCAUCAACGAGGGCGACGAAUACUCGUCGAACGAUCACGUUCACAAGAAGAAAUCGUCGCAUAAGAACAAGCAUCUACACCAACAGGGGCCUCAGCAAUCGAACACGGCGCCUACGUUGGAAGACAACAUCGCCGCUUCGAUACAAAACAGUAUUCCGCCGCCCAGCGACGAAUUGCCGUUCAAGCCUGGAGAAUUUGUUGUAAUCAAAUCUGAUCUGAAAGAAGAAUGGCCGGACAUUUGGAGGGUAGAUGGAAAGACUUUGCUGCAGAAAUAUGAACCGUUUGAGCAAAACGGUGUUACGUUAUAUAGGAACAUAUCUACGUUUACUUCGUGGAGUCCGGAAAGCAAAAAACAGUACUUGGCCGUACCAGUGAAAUACAGAUCGCAGAGUCAAUUAGAAACCGUCGUGGAAUUUCUAAAGAGCGAGAUGACCAUAAUAGACCACGUAUAUCAGGAACAAUGCAUGAAGCAAUCCGAAGCUUAUCAGGAUAACUUUGAGGUGUACAUACAGACUCUGAUAUCGCAAGCGUUGGAUAGCAACUUCCUUAUGGAGAUAUUCCAUGAAAAAGAUGAUUACUUCCUAUCGAACGUACAAACCAUCGACGACAUAACGGACAGCAAGAAACAGAAGUUCUUCAAUUUGUUGAGGUGGCCGGCGGCCGUACAAUCGGCCGUAUGCACGUGGCCUUGUUUCAACGUCAUCCGAGAGGUCAGCCCGGCCGAUACGGAAACGAAGUUGUGCGCCGCGUGCGGCAGGACCGGCGUGGCCGUCAGGGUGCUGAUGUACGGCCAGCCGUACAACGCGACCACACUCGAGGGUUGCCAGCCCGAUCCCAAUGCCAUAAAUGAAAAGGACUUCUUAAUGUGUAGAUUAUGUGUAACCCAAGUGGAACUUUUGAACAAAGUGACUCAUCAAAAGUAUCUUAUGUAUAUAGAAUGUGCAAAACGUGUUAGUGAAAAACGGACUAAUGAUACGACUAAAGAUACUACGUGUAUAUUAAAUGAAUUAUUGGCGGACGAGGGCUGGCUGAAUCAAUUAUUCAUGGAGGUGCGAAAUUCCUGGGCGGAUAUAGACAGCAUAGACUAUAGUUAUAGAACAAAAAAUUCAGUGCAUUCGCAGUGAUUUAAGAGUUGAACUUUUAAUUUAAGACGUAAUAAUUUAAAUCAAAAUUGUGUAUAUUUGAUGAGAGUUUAUAUGAAUAAUAUUAAAAAAAUUGUAAUUAAUAUAGGAAUAGUGAUCGAUAUGCAUAAUAUUGAAUUUAAGUACGUAAUCUGUUUUAUAUGGUUAAAAAAUUUACCAUGGCAUGCUGUGCAUUUUUUAUUUCAGUGCUCUAACGUUUUUUAAAAAGUGAUAUUGUAUUAUUUGUUAAUUAUUAUUUUGUAAAUUUUCAGCAUUGGUUAUUUAUAACGAGCACACACACUC